CUUGGAAUAUCCCCAAUGGACUCGGAAAAAAUACACCAUGAGAUGGUCGAGGAUGUCAAGUCUACGGUUUCCAUGCCAGACAUAGAUCCAGCGGCAGAGAAACGACUUCUGAGAAAACUCGACCUCCAUGUCGUUCCCAUUCUCAUGUUCUUAUUUCUACUCGCUUUCCUUGAUCGUAUUAAUAUCGGUAAUGCGCGACUGCAGGGUCUUGAAAAGGACUUGGGCAUGACGGGACAUGAUUACAAUAUCGCCUUAUUUAUUUUUUUCAUUCCCUAUAUUCUUUUCGAGGUUCCUAGCAAUCUUUUCUUGAAAAAGGUAUCACCAUCUUGGUGGUUGAGCGGGAUUAUGUUCUGUUGGGGUAUUGUUACAACAUGCCAAGGUGUCGUAAAGAGCUUCGGGGCCCUCGUUGCAUGUCGAUUCUUGCUGGGUUUGUUUGAAGCUGGAUUGAUGCCAGGCUGCAUCUACUUGAUUGCGAUGUACUAUAAGCGCCAUGAGUUGCAAUGGCGAUUCAAUAUUUUCUUCAGCGCUAGUAUUAUGGCUGGUGCAGUCAGUGGACUUCUCGCCUAUGGAAUAGCCCAGAUGGAUGGUGUCGGAGGAUACAGCGGCUGGCGCUGGAUCUUCAUCAUCGAAGGUCUACUUACAGUAUUCACUGGAAUUGCUGCCAAAUUCCUCAUCGUCGAUUGGCCGGAAACGUCUACUUUCCUGAAUGACGAAGAGCGUACUUUGUUGCUUCGACGUCUAUCAGAAGACCGCGGUGAAGCGCAAAUGAAUCGAUUCGACAAGCCAGCAAUCAAGCGCACAUUCUCAGAUGUCAAAAUCUAUCUUGGUGCUAUUAUGUACUUUGGAAUUGUGAAUACAGGCUAUGCAACCUCCUUCUUCACUCCGACCAUCCUCCGACAACUCGGCUGGACAUCCGUCCGAGCCCAAGUGAUGAGUAUCCCAAUCUAUAUCGUCGCAACAGCAAUCGCACUAGCCACAGCCUUCGCCAGCGACCGACUCCGCCAUCGCUUCGCCUUCACAUUGGCAGGCUGUGUCAUCGCCACCAUUGGAUACGUUAUUCUCAUCUGUCAAGAGUCGGUGCCAGUCGGUGCCCGAUACUUCGCCCUAUACGCAAUCACAGGCGGAGGAUAUAUGACGCAGCCGAUCUUGUUGGGUUGGGUGAGUAACAACAUGGCUGGGCACUACAAGCAAUCGAUCGCCUCAGCUAUGCAGAUCGGCUUUGGUAAUUGUGGCGGUCUGGUUGCUAGUAAUGUUUUCUUUAAUUCGGAAGCACCAACGUAUGCAACUGGGUUCGGUGUCAGUCUAGGGAUGAUUUGGAUUGGUGGUGUGGCGUGUAUGAUCUUCUUUGGAUAUGUAUACCGUGAAAAUCGUCUGCGGGAGCAGGGUAAGAGGGAUCAUCGGUAUCAUUGGCCUAAAGAGGAGCUGGAGAAUGCUGGGGAUGAUCAUCCUAGUUUCCGGUUUACUUAUUAA